AAAGCAGGAGAUUUUUAGGAAUCAUGAUCAUCAGUGGUGUGCAAUCCUUGUGUAAGCUACCCAAUCCUCGGUUGGCUGUUCCAGUUCUGGGUUCUUCUCCAUUUUUCAAUAAUCACCGCACCAACCUGAAUAGAUCAUUGAGCAGGGAUUUCAAGCAUUGUGAAGAUGGAAGAUUUGUCAAGGGCAGAUGGAUUGUUUGUGGAUGGCUAAUACCAGUGGAUCCAUGGGCACCCAACAUUGAUUCACAGAGCAUUGCUUCUCAACUUUUCGCAGUUUCUUUGUUUCCAUACAUUGGUUUCCUGUACUUCAUCACCAAAUCCAAAUCUUCUCCUAAACUCACCCUUUUUGGGUUCUAUUUCUUGCUCGCUUUCGUGGGGGCUACCAGUGAGUUUCUUGGUUAUCUUUCCUUCUAUAGCUUUUUUUUUUUUUCUUCAAUUGAUGUGAGAAAGCUAAUUGUUCUCCUUAAUAUGUUCUUAACUUGGGGAAGAGGGUUUCCUUUUGUUUCUAAUUACAAUAAUUUUUUUAAUGCUUUUUAUGAGUGUCAAGAUAUUCAUGGUAAAAUUGAGAAUUUUCCUAAUUUGGUUGCGCUACUGAUUCUUUUUGUUAUUAUUUUUUUCUUUGCGCCUUUCAAUUCUGCUGAGCAGUUCCAGCUGGAAUUUAUGGUAAUUUCUCACAGCUGAAUGAGGUUUAUCUAUAUAACUAUAUGCAUUUUGAUUCAUUGGAGAGGUAAGUGCCUAACUUUAGUCUAUGUGGUUGAGACAGCAAAGGUGAAAUAUGGUACUUCCUUGUCUAAUGUGGAUUGGUUACAUGGAGGGGCUGAGUCGCUUCUCACUUUAACCAACUUAUUCAUUGUCUUGGGAUUGAGACAAGCUCUAAGGAAAGCUAAAGAUGCAAAAGAAAGCACAUUUAAUUCUGCUCCAGGUGUGAAAGAGCAGAAGAAGCCUACCCUAUGGAAGUAGCAGAAGGAUGUCGCUCAAGUACUCCAUCCUCUUGUCAGUUUGUCUUUAUUUUGCUCAUUUAUUACUGUAUUCUUAUUCUACUACCUGAUAAUGUUGCAGUAAUCUUUUGUUUGUUCUAUUCUGCACCUUCUCCUGCAAGUCCUGUUGUUUAACGUGUCACUGUUGUAGGUACUCUUCAAUCUGGGUGUUUCUGAUAUCAGCUACUUCUCAAAUUUCUAGAAGAUUAGGAGUUUCUUACCUGGGACCAUCUCCGCUGCUUACAAUCUCCUUGGUCUACUUCUACAUCUAGAUCUAGUUUGCCACCGUUUUUUGCUUUUAUUUGUCCUUUCUCUGUCCCUUUUUCUCCUGUAGCUUCCUAACAUGCUUUGUAACAAUUUCUUGAUGGAGGUAGUUUUGGAAUAUCUUAUGCAUUCCACCAAUUUAAGCUAAGAUUUCAUGUUAUGUUGCAUCCAUGGAAUAAAGCAUGCAGAUUGAAAUUCCAUUGCAUCUGCAAUUUCUCUAUUUCCCCUUCCUUAAUAAGCCCUUCAUGCCAUGUGGACAAACUGCCUGACAGACAAUCCAUUGAUUUUUAGUUUUGGGUAGUGUUUUGUUAGAUAU